UGCCUCAGUUUCCUCCUGGACCGGCUCCUCCAGUACGAAAACGUCGACGAUGAUUCCUCAGACUCGGAGGCGACGGCGUCGUCCGACAACAGCGACGGCGACGGCGACAAGGGGGCGGAGCCAACGCCCGCCAAGAGGCGCCGCUCACCCUCCCCUCCCCCACCAACCUUUGGCCCCUCCCCUUACAUGAUGGCGUCGCCGCCCUACAGCUCCUUCCCGGCGCAGUUCCCGCCCCUCCCCCCGCAGGGCGGGGCCAGGCCACGCCCCUCCCCCGCCCGGCGCAGCAAAGGGACACGGAGGGGGCAGCCUCCUCCCGCCCCUCCCCCUCUGCCCUUUGGAGGGGGCGGGGCAGGGGCGGGGCUGUCCGGUGGGCGUGGCCCCGGCUCGCCCCUCCCCACACCUGCACUGGCCCCGCCCCCUGCCCCUCCCCCCAUCCCCCCCACGCUCCCGCGGCGCCUCCUGAGCGACCCCGGGGAGGGGGAGGGGGAGGGCAGCGAUGACCCCCUGGACGGAGACGACGAGCUGGUCAUCGACCUGCCCGAGUGACCACUGAGUGACCACGGAGUGACCACUGAGUGACCACUGAGUGACCGCCGAGUGACCACUGAGUGACCACUGAGUGACCA